AAACUACUUAUUUUCCUUCUACAGGCUGCUGAAUCAGGAAUAAUAAAAGUGAAAACAAUAGCUGCACGGAACACUGAUAUUUUGGCAGCAUUGAAAGAGAACAGCUCAGAGGUAGUUCAGCCUUUUCUCAUGGGUUGUGGAACAAAGGAACCAAAGAUCACUCAGCUGUGUCUAGCAGCCAUACAAAGACUCAUGUCCCAUGAAGUUGUUUCAGAGGCUGCUGCAGGAAACAUUAUAAACAUGCUUUGGCAACUGAUGGAAAAUAGUCUUGAAGAACUUAAAUUGCUUCAGACAGUUCUUGUUCUUUUAACAACCAAUACAGUUGUGCAUGAUGAAGCACUAUCCAAGGCAAUUGUACUUUGCUUUCGAUUGCACUUCACAAAAGAUAAUAUCACAAAUAACACUGCAGCAGCUACAGUGCGACAGGUAGUUACUGUGGUGUUUGAGAGAGUGGUUGCUGAAGAUGAACGAUACAAAGACAUUAUUGAACAGCCAAUUGCAGUUCAAGGAAAUAGUAACAGAAGAUCUGUCAGUACACUGAAGCCAUGUGCUAAAGAUGCAUAUAUGCUUUUUCAGGAUCUUUGUCAGUUAGUUAAUGCUGAUGCUCCUUACUGGCUUGUUGGUAUGACAGAAAUGACCCGAACUUUUGGCCUUGAACUUCUUGAGUCAGUCCUCAAUGACUUUCCACAAGUGUUUUUACAACAUCAAGAAUUCAGUUUUCUUCUUAAAGAAAGAGUAUGCCCUCUCGUUAUAAAGCUCUUCUCCCCAAAUAUAAAAUUCAGACAAGGUUCUAGCACAUCAUCUUCCCCAGCACCAGUGGAAAAACCAUAUUUCCCCAUCUGUAUGCGCUUGCUGAGAGUAGUUUCUGUUUUGAUUAAGCAGUUUUACAGUUUGCUGGUGACGGAAUGUGAAAUAUUUCUGUCAUUGCUGGUUAAGUUUCUGGAUGCAGACAAACCACAGUGGCUAAGAGCUGUUGCAGUAGAAUCUAUUCACAGGCUUUGUGUGCAGCCUCAGCUAUUAAGGUCCUUUUGUCAGUCCUAUGAUAUGAAGCAACAUUCCACUAAAGUUUUCCGGGAUAUUGUGAAUGCGCUGGGGUCCUUCAUCCAAUCACUAUUUCUUGUACCAAGUACAGGGAAUACAUCAGUGACGCCAAACCAAACUGGAAGCAAUCCAUCAGGGAGCACUGGAUCAGCACAGACAAACCCAGGAGUGCUUGGAAUGGGAGGUGGUGCAACUGUAUUACCUGCCUUUGAAUACAGAGGUACCUGGAUACCCAUCUUGAAUGUAACAGUACAAGGCAGUGCUAAAGCUACCUAUUUGGAAAUGCUGGACAAAGUAGAACCACCUACAAUUCCUGAAGGCUAUGCUAUGUCGGUGGCAUUUCACUGUUUACUGGAUCUUGUCCGUGGUAUCACUACCAUGAUUGAAGGAGAGUUGGGAGAGGCAGAAACAGGCAGUCAAAGCACAACAGAGACAACUUCAUUACCAGCACAGUCUUCAGAGCGUCAGGACUUACAGUCUAUGUCUGACCAGUCAGACAAAGAGCUAGUUAGCAGAGCUGUUUGGGAAGAAAUGGUAAAUGCAUGUUGGUGUGGUCUUCUUGCUGCAUUGUCUCUCCUACUUGAUGCAAGCACUGAUGAAGCUGCUACUGAAAAUAUUUUAAAAGCAGAAUUAACUAUGGCUGCACUCUGUGGAAGACUAGGUCUUGUAACAUCAAGAGAUGCCUUUAUCACUGCCAUUUGCAAAGGAUCCUUACCUCCUCACUAUGCUCUUACUGUAUUAAAUAGCACAACUGCAGCUCUGUCCAGCAAAUCAUAUUCCAUUCAGGGACAGAAUGUUCAAAUGAUCAGUCCCUCAAGCGAGUCUCAUCAGCAAGUUGUGGCAGUAGGACAGCCCUUAGCUCUUCAGCCACAAGGAACAGUAAUGCUGACUUCGAAAAAUAUCCAGUGUAUGAGGACAUUGCUCAACUUAGCUCACUGCCAUGGGGCUGUUCUUGGUACAUCGUGGCAACUUGUCUUGGCUACUCUUCAGCAUCUUGUGUGGAUUCUGGGACUGAAACCUGGUGUUGGGGGUGCCUUAAAACCUGGAAGAGCUGUAGAAGGGCCCAGCACAGUUCUGACUACAGCAGUUAUGACUGAUCUACCAGUUAUAUCCAGCAUACUAUCAAGACUUUUUGAAAGCUCGCAGUACCUUGAUGAUGUAUCUUUGCAUCACUUAAUAAAUGCCCUUUGUUCCUUGUCUCUGGAAGCCAUGGAUAUGGCCUAUGGAAACAAUAAGGAGCCAUCCCUAUUUGCUGUUGCUAAAUUACUGGAAACAGGACUAGUUAACAUGCACAGGAUUGAGAUUCUUUGGAGACCUCUGACGGGUCAUCUUCUGGAGGUUUGUCAGCAUCCCAACUCCAGAAUGAGAGAAUGGGGAGCAGAAGCUUUAACCUCUCUUAUUAAAGCAGGACUGACAUUCAGCCACGAUCCUCCAUUAUCACAGAAUCAGAGACUGCAGCUACUUUUACUGAAUCCACUCAAGGAGCUGUCAAACAUCAGUCAUCCUGAUAUCAGGAUCAAGCAGUUGGAGUGUGUGCUACAGAUUUUACAGAGUCAGGGUGACAGCUUAGGACCUGGUUGGCCAUUAGUCCUUGGAGUCAUGGGAGCAAUACGAAGUGAUCAGGGAGAGUCCUUAAUACGGACUGCAUUCCAGUGUCUUCAGUUGGUUGUGACCGACUUUCUUCCAACAAUGCCAUGUACUUGUCUACAGAUAGUUGUUGAAGUUGCAGGAAGCUUUGGUCUUCACAAUCAAGAGCUAAAUAUUAGCUUAACUUCAAUUGGUUUGUUGUGGAAUAUUUCAGAUUAUUUUUUCCAAAGAGGUGAAAUAAUUGAAAAGGAACUUAACAAAGAAGAAGCAGUGUUGCAGAAGCAGGCAGAAGAAAAGGGGGUAGUUCUGAAUAGACCUUUUCAUCCUGCACCACCAUUUGACUGUCUUUGGUUAUGUCUAUAUGCUAAACUUGGAGAACUCUGUGUGGAUCCCCGACCUGCAGUUAGAAAGAGUGCUGGGCAGACAUUGUUUUCCACCAUUGGUGCUCAUGGAACUUUGUUGCAACAUUCAACAUGGCAUACAGUGAUAUGGAAGGUUUUAUUCCACCUGUUGGAUAGGGUUCGAGAAUCUUCUACUACAGCUGAUAAAGAGAAGAUUGAAUCAGGAGGAGGCAACAUCCUUAUCCAUCAUUCAAGGGAUACAGCUGAGAAACAGUGGGCUGAAACAUGGGUAUUAACACUGGCUGGAGUUGCAAGAAUAUUUAAUACCCGGAGAUACUUACUGCAGCCUUUAGGAGACUUUUCCCAGGCCUGGGAUGUUCUUCUUGAUCACAUUCAAUCAGCAGCACUCAGCAAAAACAAUGAAGUUUCUUUGGCUGCUCUGAAAAGCUUCCAGGAAAUCUUACAAAUAGUUUCUCCAGCCCGAGACUCAGAGAAGCCUGACACACCACCUGCUAUUAAUGUUUCUGUACCUGUGGUGGUAGGAGCAACAACUGCCACUAGCCUCGGGAGAUCGUUCAUGAGGACUGACUCCAUAGGAGAAAGAAUGGGAAGAUACAGUGGAGCUGAACUACCUGUAGUAACAGAUGAGAUUGAAGAUCUGAAUCUUUGGUGGGCAGCUUGGAACAGCUGGUACAGGAUUGGUUCAGAAAGUACAAAGCCUCCAAUUACUUGUGAUAAAUUGACUUUCAUUCCCAGCCAGCCUUUUCUUACAGCUUUAAUUCAAAUAUUCCCAGCUCUUUACCAACACAUCAAAACUGGUUUCAGCAUGGAUGAUCUCCAGAAGCUGGGUAUCAUUUUGCAUGGUGCAGUUUCGGUUCCAAUCAGUUCUGAUGCUUCCCCUUUCAUCCUUCCAUCUUACACUGAAGCAGUUCUGACAAGUUUACAGGAAGCAGUGCUUACAGCUUUAGAUGUUUUACAAAAGGCUAUAUGUGUGGGCUCAGAAAAUAUGCAGAUAAUGUAUCCUGCAAUCUUUGAUCAGCUGUUGGCCUUUGUAGAAUUUUCAUGCAAGCCUCCACAGUAUGGACAGCUGGAAACAAAGCACAUUGCAAAUGCAAAGUAUAAUCAGGCGGAAUGGGUAGCAUUGAAUUAUGUACCAUUUGCUGAGAGAUCAUUGGAAGUGGUUGUGGACUUGUACCAAAAAACAGCUUGCCAUAAAGCUGUUGUAAAUGAGAAAGUUCUUCAGAACAUUAUUAAGACGCUGAGAAUACCACUUAGUCUGAAAUACUCCUGUCCUUCUGAAAGCACAUGGAAGCUCGCUGUUUCCUCUCUUCUCAAAGUACUUUCUAUUGGACUACCAGUUGCAAGGCAGCAUGCAUCUUCUGGAAAAUUUGACAGCAUGUGGCCAGAGUUAGCCAACACAUUUGAAGACUUUUUAUUCACUAAAAGUGCACCUCCUGAUAAUCUCUCAAUUCAAGAAUUUCAGAAGAAUGAGAGUAUUGAUGUUGAGGUGGUGCAGCUUAUUAGUACGGAGAUUCUGCCAUAUGCUAAUUUUAUUCCUAAGGAAUUUGUUGGCCAAAUAAUGACUAUGCUCAAUAAAGGCUCAAUACACUCUCAGUCAUCUUCAUUUACAGAAGCGGAAAUAGAUAUUCGAUUGAGAGAGGAGUUUUCUAAGGUGUGUUUUGAAACACUGCUCCAGUUUUCAUUCAGUAAUAAAGUCACAACUCCUCAGGAAGGCUACAUCUCUAGGAUGGCACUUUCUGUGCUCUUGAAAAGGUCACAGGAUGUAUUACAUCGCUACAUAGAAGACGAGAGGUUGAGUGGCAAAUGUCCUCUUCCACGGCAACAAGUAACAGAAAUCAUAUUUGUUUUAAAAGCUGUCAGUACUCUCAUAGACUCGCUUAAAAAAACUCAGCCUGAAAAUGUUGAUGCUAACACAUGGGCACAAGUUAUUGCCUUGUACCCGACUUUAGUAGAAUGUAUCACCUGCUCCUCAUCAGAAGUGUGCUCUGCUCUGAAAGAGGCAUUAGUUCCCUUUAAGGACUUCAUGCAUCCACCAGCAUCCAAGGUACAGAACGGAGAAUCUUGACCCCAUAAAACUUUUUUUUUUUUUUUAAUUUUUUGUAAGGAAAAAGAGUAUCCAAAAAUGUUUGUUCCCAGGUGAAGUUUCUCUGAGAAAAUCUCUUGUGCAAGUACUUGGCAACCAAUGCUGACUGCCUUUUAACUGUACUAACAAGAGCUCAGUAAUUCAUGAAUACAAGCUAUAUCUCAAAGGUUCCAGAGUGAGUAGCAGUGCAAACCUUUAAUAAUUUUAACUGAGUAGUUGGAAUCAUUUAUAAUCUAAUGUACUUGCUACAGUAUCUUGAAGUGGUGAUUGAAAAGUGGGCUUAUGUACAGCUUGUUGUGUAUGUGUUAAUGAUGUAAUUAAAAAUAUUUCAAUUCAGUCAGAUUUAUUAGGCUGGUGUUUUGCACCCUUUUUUUGAAGUACGAAUUGUACUAAAAUUUUAUGCAAGAUGGUACUGUAACAUUCCAUAUAUCUGUAACCAGCCUUUGUAAACAAAGGGAACUGAAAUACUUGUGUGUAUAAUAAAUGGUACAGUUCUGUAUAAAAUAGUUGCAUUUAUUAUUUAAAUUCUUUUUUAAAUAUUGAUAAUGUUAAAUGCUUGAAAAAGUAUUUAUUAUAAGCUGUAUGCUUGCAUUUUUCUUAUACUUUGCCUUCUAAAUUGCCAGAUAUGCUUGUUCAUAUCUGAUCAUGUUAUUAGUUUUUUUGCUUAAUUGAAUGUAUCUUCUCUUGUGGCCAUUGGACAUCUAAAUGAAGAGGUCAUAUGACAAGAUUGCAGCAAGCAGGCAGUAGCCUGCUGAUCUCAAACAUCACUGUCGUUGACCUGGAAUAGGUUUGAAUAUGCAGAAAUCCACUGUAGCACUUCAACACUACCAUACCUCACUUCAUAAUAUAUUUCUUUUGAAAUGUUUGUUAUACUCAACUCUGUUCAUUUUUGUAGUUGCAGCCUUGCUUUAGAAAAUACAUACUUAAGGGUCAUUAGUCUUUUUUGACCUUACUUGCAGGUAUCGUAGUCUUUGAAUCAUGACCCAAGAAAGGGGAUUGCAAAUAUCUGAAACACUUGGCUGUAAUACUUUGUUCAGUAAUUUUAAGUGCUUUGUUUUGUAAUGUCUUUUAAAUCCAAAUUGUUCUAACCUUUUAAUUAUAAACUCUCUGAUAUAAAACCAUGAGAAGUGUAUUUUUGAAGAUAGCUACUCGUUUAGAAGUUCAGUAAAAUUUUCAUUAAGUAAAUGUGAAUUUUCUUUCAAUUUCACAUAAUACACAAUUGAAGCAAAACACUUCUACUAGUAUUGUUUAUAAAAUUUGUGACAGCAUUUAAACUCGUACUGAAAUAAUGAUUCAUUAAAUGUGUCGCCUGUGUUCAUA